AUGUGCCGACCCCACAAAGGCGAAAAUAAUCUCGGUGCAUCGAGCAGAUGGGAUGUAAAUCUUAUUCCCUUCACGUACUGCUUCUAUGUUUUACGGUCGUUUUCGGUUGUUGCCGCGAUACGAGCGGCCACACCGCCACACGGUGCCGCAUCUAGCCAGGUGGCCGCCGUGACGCACGGGCAAGCAGCCCGUCGCCGUCCCGCUCGUACCGGCGAGCUAUCGAAAGCGCCGGUCGCGUGCAACGCCGGUGAAAGAGUCAGUGACCUGCGCGGGAGCAACGAACGUCUUUGCGGCGCAUUGUGCCGAACGCCCUCCCCCUCCCCGCUGCACCCCCGCUGGGCCCCCUCUAGAGUGCAGCAGUUCGCUAUAGAGCUGCCC